AAAUCACCGCACAUGGGCACAUGGUUGUUGGAAUUCCCUACAAAUAAAGUGGGGGCGAAGGGGUCUAGCAAGUUGCUUGCAUAGCUUUCCCCCUCUCAGAGCGCAGUUCAAGCAGCUCACAAUGGGCCAAAACAAACUAUUCUCUGCAGUUCUGAUUUUCCUUGCUUUCAUAUUCAUACUACAAAUCCAGUCCAUUGAGGGAAGACAUUUGAAGUUUCUCUCGAAAAACCUCAAUACCUACAGAAGAUUUCUUGUAAAAGAAACAGCGAAGGUUGUUGAGGGCGGCAGUAGCUCUCACAUUAAAGCCGCAGACGAUGAUGUGCAGUCUCCACCGGUAGCACCAUUGACACCAGGUGCUGUGGUUGGUGCAUCACAAGCCCCACCAGCAUGCCGGGGUGAUGACUUCGGGCCUUCAGCACCUGGUCACAGCCCUGGUGUUUGCCAUGCCAUUGAAGCUUCGGAUACUGCCGUGCUACAGCCUCCACCAGCAGCACGCCGGGUUGAUGACUUCAGGACUACAACACCUGGUGGUGGCCAUACUAUUGAAGCUUCGAAUAGUGACAUGCUACAGCCUCCACCGGCAGCACGCCGAGUCGAUGACUUCAGGCUUACAGCACCUGGUCACAACCCUGGUGUUGGCCAUGCCGUUGAAGCUUCGUAUACUGACAUGCUACAUCCUCCACCAGCAGCACCAUUAGCACCAGGUGCGGUGGUUGGAGCAUCCCAAGCUCCACCACCAUGCCGUGUUGAUGACUUUAGGCCUAAAGCACCUGUUCACAUCCCUGGUGUUGGCCAUGCCAUUGAAGCGUCAGAUACUGACAUGCUACAGCCUCCACCAGCAGCACCAUUGGCACCAGGUGCGGUGGUUGGAACAUCCCAAGCUCCACCGCCAAGCCGUGUUGAUGACCUUAGGCUUAAAGCACCUAGUCGCAGCCCUGGUGUUGGCCAUGCCCUUGAAGCGUCAGAUGACAUGCUGCAUCCUCCACCAGCAGCACCAUUGGCACCAGGUGCGGUGGUUGGAACAUCCCAAGCCCCACCACCACCAUGCCGUGUUGAUGACUUUAGGCCUAAAGCACCUGGUCACAGCCCUGGUGUUGGCCAUGCCAUUGAAGUGUCAGAUACUGACACGCUACAACCUCCACCAGCAGUACCAUUGGCACCAAGUGCGGUGGUUGGAGCAUCCCAGGCUCCACCACAGCCAUGUACUGGUGAUUUCAGGCCUACAGAUCUUGGUCACGGUCACAACCUUGGUGUUGGGGUUUACGUCGAAGCAGCGGAUGCUAAAGUACUGUGGUAUCCACCACCAUUCUACUACUUAGAUCAUAGCACGUUUUCCGAUGAAGAAAAGGUGAAUCCAUUUACCCCUCCGACGCCCUUACUGAAUCCUCCUAGCCAUCAUUGAUAUCAUCAUCCGAACAACGGUGUGCGUUUGCCAUAAAUGAAAUUAAUGUACUUCUAAUUCAUAUUACUAUGGUUCUACGUUUUUGGAUUUUUUAUGAAGCUUAAUGUCAGUGACUUUGAAUGUGGUAUGACUAUCUUGUUGUCUCUAUAACAAAAUUUUUUUUUCAUC